AUGAUGCUGAAUACGUUCAGGGAGCUAAACGAUUACAGCAAUUUUCUGCCGAAAAAAAUCAAGGAAAAUGUGAACAAGGAAAAGUACGAAAUAUUAUGCGAAAUAAGAAAAAUAGUUUCGCUUAAAAAAAACAACUCCUACAAUGUGACCUUAGUGAUCAAGCUGUACAACUUAUAUGAAACCAUCAACACGACGAAACAUAAAUCUUUUCACUUUUACAUUUUUAUGAUUAAAUAUUUGUGGUACUCUCUGCACAAUAAAAAUAUAAGUCCAAAUUUAAAGUCCUAUAUUUGCCAAACCAUUUCUGGAAUUCUAGACAAUAUUAAAAGUCACAUUUUAGACGACUACUUUUUUGAGUAUGAUAGGGGACUCAUUUGUAAAGAUGAAGAAGCGAGUAGUUUUGUGCAAGUGGAGGGUGUGGGUAGCACUGCGCAUGAUGAUGAAGGAAACGGCAGUGAUGUGACGAACAAUUCCUAUGAAGGAAUUAGUGAUCACUACUACGAUGAAUACAAGUACAUAAAUGAAAACCCAAGUGAUGUGGACAGUACCACCAUAAAUGAGAACAAGCCACAUAUGCCUGGAGAGCGGUAUUACCUAUCUAUUAAUGGUGUUUUCGAAAGGGGAGAUGAAAACAGCAGUUCAUUUUUUAAUGAAGAAAUUGUUAUUAAUGGAAAGGAUGAAAGCUUUCGUUUAUAUAUUCAAAAGUGUAUAUUUAACAUUAUUGAUUAUAAAUACCUGUUUAGCUUAUUUUAUGAUUAUCUGAGUAACAGUUCUAGGAAGCAGGAUGAGUAUAGUCACAAUGCCUACAAGAAUUUCAUCACAUCUGUUAUAAAUUUGUUGGCAAUGUUGAGGCCCUUUUGUUAUUAUAACAUUGAUGUGCAUAACUUGCUUUUUGAUUUUUCGUUAAAUAAUAUGUUUUCCUGCAAAUAUGAGGAGUACGUGGAUAUGAGGGCUGAAUGCCUUAUGGGAUGCGCAAUCCGGGUUGCAAAAUGCGCCCAGGGACCGGGUCAAAACGGUAUCGCGGAUGGAACACAUAAUGAUAAUUGCCCCUAUGAGGGGGAUGGCAACAACCCACACGAUGGUACCAUCUUUGCCAUUAACUCCGAACUGAACCGACGCACCAACAGCAUAGUGGUACUGGACGACAAUUACAUGAAGAACAAACAUGGGGAAGCGGUAAACACAUUUGUUGGAAUGGCCGAAGAACAGAUCCUGCAGAAGGUAGACCUAGCCACACAUCCCAUUGAGAAGUUAGAAAUUUGUCCAAGAUAUAACACGGUGUUUUUAAACUUUGUAGUUCUAAGUCAGUUGGGCUCUGAUGAUUUAUGUUUUAAGUUAAUAAAAUAUGAAAAGGCUCUCUAUCUCUACAGGAAGUUAAAACGGUACAACUGGCACAGUAUCAAUUAUGCCUUCGUUAGAAUUGUCUACAAAGGGUUAAAAUAUGCGUAUAUGUAUAACAUUAGUUUGGAAAAGCAAAUGAAGGAAAUAGUAAGGCUGCUCUUUUUCUUGUUCCUAUAUUAUAUCAAAUUACCUUGUAAUGUUCAGUUAAGUUCCGCCAAAAAAUACAUUCCAGAUGAUUACAACUUGUUGAUUAAUGACGAUGAUAGUGUUGUGAAAACAGUUUCGAAGACAUUCGUUUUUUUACUCAAUAGAAUGUAUCGAAAGGGGAAGGCAGCUGGGGGAAAGAGUGCGGAGGAAGUCAAGCAAAAGGAGUUGGAGGCAAAGAUGAGGGAGAAAGAGUUACUGCAAACUUUUCUCUCCUUUUUGAAUGACGAAAAUUUUAAUAUAAGCACCUUUGAUGAGAUGACAAUUGGUGGUGAAGAAGGGCUACAAUGUGGAGAAGGAAAAGAAAAUAAAAGAAAUAUAUCUUCCCUCUUUCAAGACCUAGAUACACACGAAUUUUUUAACAUUAUUACUUGUCUGUUCAUGCCGCACAUACACCCUUCCAGUGUGGGGAAGCAUCUUGGGAAUAUCAACCUGUUCAUAAACACCUUUCUGUUUUGCUUCAUUAGGAAGUUAAAGAGGGAGAGUUUGUAUUUGAAACGGAUGAAAGUUCGUGGUGGGCAUUACCAUAAUGACACUCCCAUCAACCUGCAUGGCGAAGAAGACGAUUAUGUCUCGAACUACUUCAUCUCUGAGGAAGACAAAAAGUUCGUCAUCGAAAAGUUCACACAGUUAGCAGUGCAGGGAAUGUUUCCCAAGAGCAGCAAGGGAGUUAGCCUCUUCGAAAAUAUCCUAAAGCAUAUAUGCGUAGUGGACAUUAACUGCCUGGAUAUUUUCGUAAAGAAAAUGUUAGAAUGCCUCAUCAAUGUGAACAUUUCAACCCAAAUUUGUAACUGUCUUUUGUCCCUAUGCCUAAUAUUACCAUUGCUGAUUAGAUAUAAGGCUAGCCAUUUGAAAGAUCUGCUCUCCGUUAUGAGUAUGGGUAUUGAUAUCUGCGAUGUGUAUAAAAGCUUCACCAUCUUUUCCUUCCUAAGCAUCUUAUUUUCCUACAUUUGCAUUGUGAAAAUUGACAAUGUAGGAACAGGAAAAGGGGGCGACUUGCAGAUUGCCGUGAGAGAGUACAAAAAAUUUAUGAGCAUGGAAGGAAGUCAGGUGUACACUUUGUAUUGGCUAAAUGAUGAACAGGUCGAGGAACUUAUGAAAGAGAGGAAAGAAUUAGUAGACUAUCUAUGCUAUUGGAUCCAUGAAUUUUUUGAUAAAAUUUUGUACUUUAUAAAAUUUACUAAAAAUGAGAAAAGUAAAGAUACCAAAAAAAUGAAUGGAGAAAAGAAAGAUACCAAAGUGGGCAACGAUAUUUACACAGGAUUGAAGACCACACUCAUUUCUCUUUUUAUUCAUUUAGAUCACGAUAUUGUGUAUGAGUUGUGUCAGAAAUUUUUAAACAAUAUUGAUCAGGAAAAUGCCAAGUCAUUGUCCAUCAUUCCGCUGGCCUUUGGCCUGGUAAAUAACAAAAAAAUAUACGACACUCUUUUUAACGCGUUUUAUAAAAAGCUCAUCACUAAGAAGAAGAAAAAGCGAGUAGUACCUGAGAUGGAAGCGUCCGAUGGAACACACCUUGCGCAACAAGAGGAGGAAUAUUUCACCUACUCGAAGAACGAGUACGCCAAUGACGACACGGUAAAGUGCUACCUGCAUUUUUUGUCAAACCUAAUCAGAAGAGCCAAGAAUGAAUACAUCAAUUUGGAGGAUAUUUACAACCUUAUCGAAAUAUAUAUCGUUGACGAUAACAAUGUUGCCUUUAAGUACAUUUGCAAAAUUAUGUAUAGAUUUCUGGAGAUCAAUUUUUCUCUAUCGGUGAAGGAAUACUCCUGUUUUAAGAUUGAAGAAAAUAUUAGUGCACAAGAGAAAGUUCGUACCCUGGGUGGGUGGGGAAUCCCUUGGUACAUUCUAAACAAUACGAGAAAUGGGGAAGCAUCAAAUAAUGCGUUUGAACAGGGUCAAGUGGUGCACACCACCUGCAAUGGUGAAGAAGGGACAGCUAAGGGGGACUGUGCCCAUGGAGGAAUGGCAGGACAGGUAUUCAACACGGAUGAACUUGUAAAAUGGAAAACCCCAUCAAAGGAAAAUGUAAAAAUGGGGAAGAAGUUCACGUACUUUCUACUCGACUAUGUGCUCGAUUUGAUAAUCCAGUGUGAUGUCCCAGUGUCAACCCCCAAUCUAAUAAAAUACGUAGAGAAGAGAAAAUUAAAGGAAAAAAAAAUAAAUUGGAAAUUCCCUCUAAACCAUUCCAAUGUGAUCUCUAGAAUUUACAAAAUAAUUAAAUGCAUUGUUAAACCACUUAGUUGUUUAUAUCCAGAUGAAAGGUACAAUUAUAAUAACCUCUUAGCCAAGUGCCAUGUGGUGAAUACAAAGCUUUCCUUCUACCUGUAUGUGUACAUGAGCGAAGUUGUCGUUACUUUAUCUUUACACGUUUUGAAGAUACCCAAGCAAAUUUUGAGCAUGUCCUUAUAUGCUAGAUACAAUCCUAAUGAUGAUAAACUGGAGCACAAAUCUUCCAUCAGCUCAGUGAAUAGUGAAAAUAGUGUUAACGAUGUAAACGCAAAGCAAAUGUUGAUAGAUAAAAAUGAGUUGAAAAAGUUAAAAGAAGAUUUUUUCACAAAUAUUAUUAAUAAUAGGGAGAAGACUAUUAAAGCAGAUGCAAAAAUGCAGAGAAAAUUUAUCAAGUGCAUACACUUUCUACUUUUAAAAUGUAACGAGAGUCCUAACACGACUAUGUACAAUGAAUAUAUUAACAGCGUGCUGUCCUUCACCUACAAUAUGUACCCGUAUAGUUACAACUAUGAUAUCAUUAAGAGUCAGUACGUUAAUAACGUGUUAUGCCUUUACAAUGAAAGAUUGAAGCAAAGGAAAAAGAAUUACUGCUUUAAGGGUUACCGUGAACAGCUGUGCAAUAUUUUAUUUUUCACAAAUUUGUCCAUUUACUCUCAAGUCCGAUCUUAUGCUCAGAGCACCAUGAAGCUCGUUUUGCCCACUUUUAAGAUUAUCAAAAUUCCCUUUCUCAAAAUAUGCUCCUUUUAUCUAAAAAAUUACAUCCAGCUGUACAUCUUGGUGAAGAGCGAGCAGGAGAAGGGGCUACCCGCCGGCACACAUGGGGGGAUGAAUGACCCGACGAAUGACCAGACGAAUGGCCCUGUGGAGAGCGGAAGCCUGAGCAAGCUCAGCAGCAUGAAGAGCCUAGGAGAGCUAAACAACCAUGACUACUUCGAGAACAAGUGCCUCAGCUGCUUCAACGGAAUCCUGAUAAUCAUAACGAGCAACUCUGGACUGAUAAAGAAGAUCAGCACCGACCUGCAGCUCCUGAAGAAGUACAUCAAAAUUAUCCUAAACAUAUUAAGACUGGAAAUGCAGAAGGAUGAAAUAACCCUAAAGUGCAUGAAGCUAGUGUAUGCCAUCAUUAACAGCAGAUUUAUAAAAAAUCGGGAGCCUAGCUCCGCGGAAAGCGAAAAAAAGAAUAACGUCUACGCGCAAAUCGUCAUUUUAUCCUUCCUCAUCUGUUACGAGAACUUUGUAAUUCUCAAUCACAGCGAAUUCUAUUUUAGUUACCUGCUAGAAAAUUUGAUCAUAAAAAAAAAUGUGAAUGUGUAUAACCUAGCUUAUUACGGAUUUAUUAAGUUUUUAAAAUACUUCAACAGAAACGUUGAUAGAGGUAUCGUGCCUGCCCACAUAAUGAAGGUAUUCAGGUGCCCAGAUGUGUACGACAAUUUUGUGGAGGUCUGCAUAUACAAAAAUUUGAAGAGCAAGAAAAAGAGCAAUAGCAUAAAUGCCAUCAUUGUGAAUUUAUCGAAGAUGCAAAAAUCUUUUAAGGGUUUUGCUCACAUUAGCGAGACACACGUGAAGGAUUUUUUCUACUACCAUGAGUUUUUCAAAUUUUUGGUUAAUCUCCAGAAUGCGUAUGAUGAGGAGGUGGGAGGUGGAGAUGAAGGUACACUCGGAUUGGUGCACACAGUACAGCCAUACAACGAAGUGAAGAAACAGGACGACGGGGAUGGGGAUGUGCACGGACUCGGUGAAGAACAAACUAGUAGAAACAACGGGGAUAUGUGUGCCCAUUUUAGCUUUUUCGAGAGAGUUAUCCACAAUUUGAAGGAACUGCAACAAGAUGCGCAUGCCGACAACGAGUACAAAUCUACGUUCAUUUCGUUAGUCUGCCCUUUACUGUUUUCCUUGAGAAAGUUAAAAAGGAGAGAAGCAGCAGAUUCAAUUUUGGAAAGCAUCAUUUCAUUACUGGAAAAAGAAAUAGCUGUUGUAAAUAUGGAUGUGUAUAACAUAUGGAUGUAUUAUUUUCACCUACUUUUUAUUAACAUAAAGAAGAAGGAUCUUGACAAGUACGAAAAAUUGUUUAAGUUUUGUUUGUGUUUCAAUUUUCAAGACACCUCUAAUUUAAUUUUCAAAAAGAAAACUCAGCUCUUAAGCAUUAUGCUUAUGUACAGUAUGCACAAGAACAUUCACCUAAUGGAUGACCACCUAAUGGAGUUUCUAAAAUUAAUUGAUAAUGAUAACAUAACGGUUAGGCAAGUGGUAGGGGAUCUCUUAGCCUACUUACUCUACGUACUUCACGACAAUAGAUAUUAUGCCCAUUUGAAACGCAUGUACCUUAGGAUAUUAAUGUAUAUGUACAAAAGCGCCUGUGAGGUUAUUGAAUACCUUCAAGGCCAGGAGACUUUGUCGAAACAGUCUAAAUUUAUUUACACACUGGAAACCCUAGCUUAUAUUACCAUUACUAUCUUUUCGAUUAGAAGCAUGUACGUGUUAAAUAAUGUGAGCAUUCCAUUUUUGAAGAUGUUUAUUUUGUCCUUCCAGCUCGUCGACAACUUUAUCAAUGAGAUUGUAAACAAAGCCGUCAACUGCUUCAUGUGUCCUUCGCUCUACUUGUUUGAGUUUGAAAAAAUCAGCUAUUCGGACCGGGCGGGGGAAAUAGGAGACGCAUGUGCCACAUAUAACGAAGACCAUAACUACGUAAUAGCCACACCAGAACUAAUUAGUAGCUUCGAUUCACUACUCCAAGAUAAUAUGGGGAAUUUAUUCAUAAACAAGUUAAGCCACUUGCUAACCAAAAGCAACUGGAAGAUUCGCAAUUGCGUAUUACAAUUUUGCUUUUACUUCCAUGCGUACUAUUGCAUAUUUUUUUACAGCCGAACGGAAAACACCUUCCUCCUAAAUGUCUUCAUAUCUUUGCUAGUUGAUAAUUAUAUUGAGAUUCAGAAUUUGUCUCGUGACAUUUUGUCCUCUGUGCUUUGUUUCUACGACAGUCAGACAGUCCAGAACAUUUCUCAAUACUUUUUAAAAAUUGCCAAUGAGAAAAGCACAUUACCGUCAUCACAAGGGGAGAGUAUAGAAACGAGUAGUAACAGCAAACAGCUGGAGAAGAAAAAAACGGUCGCCAUUUACGCCCUCAUCAGUGUUAUCAAUUCGUUUCCGAAUCAUGUCCCCCAAUGGCUCCCCAACAUUUUGAUGAGCGUAGCAAAAAUGUCAAAUAAUAAGGUGCAUAUCAUAAAGAAGGAGAUAGAGAAGUGCAUCCAGAACUUUUUGAGGACCCAUAAGGACGAAUGGGAGUACAAGUACAAGUUGGUUUUCACGGAGGACCAGCUGAACAUCUUGGACAUGUACAAGGGCGGCCUGAAUUACUUCACGUGA